AUGCAGCGGUUUCAAAAACCAACCCAACAUGAUAAGGAUGGAAAUAUAUGGUUAUGGUUCAACUAUAGUCAGAGUCAGGCAAUCCGCCGGCCUAGCAAACGGCUUCUGAUUGUUCAAUUUACUGGAUUUGGAUCAUAUGAAAGUCUUCUGAAUCGCGCCGCUCCGAUCAGUCAAAUGUACGCCAAAGCUUGGGGUCAUGAUCUAUUGGUGAUGUGGGGAAUAACCAAACGGUUGAAGAGACAAAAGAAUCAAACUUUGCCAGCACAUCAGUCAAUGUAUAACAAAGUCGACUACCUUCUAAUGGCGCUGGAAAAGAGAGAACAAUAUGAUCAGAUUCUGAUAUUGGAUUCUGAUAGCAUGAUUUACGAUUUCUCCGCCGAUUUGACAGAGCUCAUAAGGGGGGACGACGACAUGUUAGUGGCGUUGAAGACUCAUGAAGAAGAUCUUCCUACAACCCACAGAAUUAAUGCUGGCGUAACCCUUUGGAAUCUAAAUCAUCCUUUGACAUGGCAGCUUGCCAUGGACUGGGACGAGGGUUGCGUCGAAGCCAUCAAGAAGAAUUAUUCACUUCGUGGGGAUCAGUAUUUUCUAGUGGAAGCAUUGAAGAAAGCCAAUCGGACAGCAGCUGUAAGAGCAGUCCAAAAGGAGUUCCACUAUAGAAGUGCAAGUGUCAUCAAGCAUUUCAUACGCACUGAUUCAUGCAGUUGGGAAGGGUCGAGUUUAGAUGGACGCGUGGCGGAAAUGCAAAACGCGUCAUCUGAGGUUGUCAAUCGAUUCCAGCUUGACCUCUCGACAAUGGUUUUUCGUAACCCGACUGCUCUCAUCGAUCCACCUCCAUUACCAAACGACGGCCCACAACCUUCAGCUCUAGAAUUUGAACCAGAGUGGAGCGAACCAGAGACAGCUUUUGACGAUCUGGAAUACAAAGAAGACACUCCUAACUGCUCAACACGUAAGGAUCCAGAGUGGGAGUUUCAUGAGUUUGGUGGCGAGCGAUCACCGAGACAGGGCAAGAAGAAGCUCCUUGUCGCUCAAUUCACUGCUUUUGGUCGAAACGACAGGUAUCUCAAUAUGACCUCUCCAAUCAACAAGAUCUAUGCCAGAAAAUGGGGUCACGAUUUUGUCAUGUUGAGAGGUGCAGCGUUUAAAACUCCGUUUGAUGGAUCUUGCGAGCUUCCAUGGAAGAGAUCAAUUUACAACAGAGUAGCCCUUCUUUCUCGAGCAUUGCGGAAUAGAGAUGUCUACGAUCAUAUACUCAUCAUGCACGAUGGAGCUCUCUUCGCAGAUUUUAACUUCGAUGUUCAAACUCUUCUUGAUGUCGAUACUAUCUUGGUGGCAACCCGUGCUAACAAAUGCGAUGUGACACAUACUGCGCGUUUGAAAACCGAAAUUACACUAUGGAAUCUAAAUCAUACCAAGUCUGAAGCCAUCCUCCAAUCUUUUUUUCGACAAGUCGGGUCCGACCUCAAGGAGGCGAAGGAACGCAACACAACAGCCCGAGGCGACGAGAUUUGCCUCAGGAGAGCCAUACAGCGGCAGAACAUGAAGCAACAUGUCAAGUCAACAGUUGAAGAGUUCAACGGUCUUGUUAUCCAGAAGUUUGCCCACGCUUACCCAGAUCUUUGGAGCACCAAUGGUCUCAACAUUACUGGCGGUAAGAUUAAAAACGCAAUCGCUGAGCUCCGCGCUAGAUUCCCAGACGACUGCGCAAACAUGACGACAUGA